ACUCGAGGAAUAAACAAAAUCAGUUAACUGUUUACUUUCUCAACGCUUCUCAUGAGACGCCCAAAUUCAUAAUUUUAUUUUAAUUUUCUGGUGUCUCAGUUUCGAACAUUUUGAUAACACUAACUGACAUGAUGCUUUCUUCCAUUUUCUUCAUUGCGAUAUUUGCUAGUGCCACGGCACUUGAAUGCUACGUCUGCACAAACCAAGAGCACAACAAGGAUAAAUGCCUAAACACAAUCAAAACCUGUGAACAGAACGAGGAAAUGUGCCUAACGGAAUAUAAAUGGGGCUCCACGCCUUAUUGGGAUCAAGGAGCGGCCAAGCAGUUCUACGUCUCUAAGAGGUGCGCCACCAAGAAACAGUGCACAGACCUCAGGUCGCGCUACAUGCCCUUCUGCACCUACAUUUGGUAUGAAGAUUGGAAGUGCUCAGAGUGUUGUCAGGGAGACAGAUGCAACUACUAUGUUAUUCUCGGAGCCAGUUCAACAAAGAGCAGUGUCACAAUGCUAGCAGCCACGGUUGGAGCUGCGCUCAUGCUGUGGCGUUUCUAUGUCUAAAGUAAGAUCUUUUUUGAGAAUCUCGAUCGACUUUGGUUUUACCAAAUUUUUAUCAUUUAAAAUGAUUUUAUACAAGAUAAAACAUUCCGUCCAUGGGGAUUAUUUGCUCUUUCAACGAACUACAAUCCGUCCAAUAAUUGUAAUUCAAGUAAAGAAUAAAUUGUAGAAAAUAUUUUUUUAAAUAAAAUUUAUUUCUAAAGAGAAACUAGCCAUGUAUAUUUCGGUUUUAAUAAAAUAUUCAAACUGAAGCACAAA